AUGACGAUUUCCAUAACAAUCAAAGAACCAAAUACAGACUGCCCUCAUCCUCAGUGCACACAGUUACGUCGUAAGCGAAGACAAGUUGAAGCAAAUACCAUUGGAACUGUUGAUGUGGUAUCGCAAAACAUCGAAACGUUGGAUAUCAAUGUUAUACCGAACAAAAUAAUAGAUAACAGAACGGCUUCAAAUCCGCAACAAGCUGAACAGCUCUGUGUUAACAUCAUUUAUGUUUUGGUUGCGACAAUACCGUUGGUUACCUCAAUGGUACUUAUUAUGGUGGUAUUAUUGAUCAAAUUUGGCAGUUUAUCACUUCCAUAUAGGGGUAGUUUAGACUUUGCGAAAACUGUACGAUAA